AUCAGGGGCCUGUUAUUUGAUUGGCGCUCUUCGAGAGUAUUUACGGUACUCCGCUAACGACUGAAGACCCGCUGAAAUUCAAAGUUGGAGGAGGAGACCUGCAGGAGACUCACUGAAAACAUACAACAGUUGACCUGUUCACUACACACUUCUUCUCAGCUCAGUAUGGAAGCUGGCGAGGGAAAUAGUGUCAAUUUGAAAAGACAGAGAACACCUCUGUCAGAUUCUGAAGACAAUGUCCUCCCACCAUCAGAGGUGAAUGAUGACCAGAAGCGGCGGCGUCUGGAAGCAGCUGGCCAGGAGAAUCGUAGUCCAGAACCAUCCACCUCUGGACGGCUAACUGAGCAGGAGACCAAGGCAGACACACCGAUGGUUCUUCCAGUCCAGUCCCCAGUCCAGCAACUCACCCAGCGACCAGAGGGGGGAGCUCCUCUGGCCCAGCGGCGCCUGUUGGAUCCUGGGGCUGACGGCUUCAGAAAGUAUCUCCUUGGUGAGGGAGAAUUUAAUCAGCGAAUGGAGUGUUUUAAAGUGCCAGUCUUCCAGGCUGGACCCAACCCCACACUGCGCCCUGCCAACCCCCCCCCGCGGACCCGCUCCAACUUGGUGUCUGCCGUUCAGCAGAAACUCCAAGGCAUUCCUGCACCCAGCUCCGGGCAGGCUUCUCACAUUCGCCAGGAACGGGAACGGGAGUUGAGCCGGUUGCAUUUCCAACCAAUCAGUGAGAAUGCCUGGCUGAAAAGGAGCACCUCUGAUCCCUCGUUAUCUAAGCAGGUAUGGAGCCCUUGUGUCCCAUCAUCUUCCUACACCUGGGCUCCUAGACCUAGAGGGAGAGUUCAAUGCCCUCCUAUGCAGCUCCGGGAUCAGAUAGAUGGUGAUGCAGAGAUGAAAGAUGCCAGCUUCCCUGGAGCUUCUACAUCACAUGCAGAGAAGCAGUCUUCAGAUGGAACAGGCGAAAGGGCACCCGCAGACUCUGAAGCUCCUGAAGAGUCUGUAGAGCUUGAAAACUCUGAGGGUCGGCUGCACAUGGAAUGGAUGGAGCAAAGUACUCAUCGAGCUGAUAAAGUCAGGGAGGAGACAGGAAAUGAAGAAAAGCAGCUAGGGACCCAACAACCACAGACCCAGACUGUAUUGAAGUUGUCUUUUAGCGAGGAUCAGAGUUGCUCCAAAGCACCUUUCAGUGAGGACCAGAAUGUGUCCGAGUUGCCUACAGGUGAUGAGCAAAGCAUGCUAGAAUCAACUCGUACAGAAGAAUCAAACAUGAAGGAACAAGUUGAUGUUUCCAUAGGAACUGAACAGGGCGGGUCUCAGAUGUUUUCAUGGGAAGAAAUUGAUGGUUCUUCAUACAGCGAAGAGGGGAUCGAGCCUUCAACAGAUGAGGAGUUAAGGUCCUGGAGAUAUCCUCAAGGCAAGGUGUGCAAGGAGGAAGAGACUAUCAUAGCUGAAGAACAGGAGGAAGAUGAGUGUGUUAAAAAGGAGGACAGGCAGCUGGAAUCAUCCAGAGUGGAAAAAGAGAAUAGAGGCAGUGUUGCAGAUCACAGUGAACCCUCUGACAUCCAGGAUGGUGAAUGUUAUUGGGGUAAUGUCUCUGCUGAGAUUGCUGGCUCCUCUGAAAUGCAGGAAGAUAAGAAACCUAGACCUGAGGAGGAUGAGUCAGAAAGCUGUUUAGAAGACUUUGUGAAAGACCGCUCUAAUUUAAAGAGACACAUUUUGGAGACAGAGGAAAUGGAGCUAGAUGCAGUAGAUGAAAGGCAGGGUGUUGUAGAAGAAAUGCCCAAGGUAGAGGGAGGAGAAAGCUCAAAGAAAGUCACCUUUAUCCUGGAGCCUGAGCUAAUCAAUGUCUCCACCCUGUCUGAGACCAAUACCUCCAGGGAGUCCAGGGCAGAGACAAGUAUGUCAGAUGCUGAACUGAGCUCUCAUGAUGAGACCAAUACCGCUGAAAUAAUUGACCAGAUGUUCGAGGAGGUGCUGGAAUAUGCUGGAAGGAUAGAGGAGGAGAGGGGGGAUGAUGAAGACACUGGGGACCACGACAGUGGCAUUGGCGUUAACUCUGGAGACAAAGAUAAGAUGGACACAGAGUCAGAGAAGGAGAAAGAAGACGGGGAGUCCAAGGAAGAAGAACAUGAUGAGAGCAAGAAGCUUGAAAGCAACAGAGAUGAGCUGCUGACUUUUCCUCACAGCGGCAUUCUCUCUCCUCUCAGCGAGUCUGUAGAGGCUGUGGUCACCCCUCUGCGACUGGCAGCAAGCCAGGAGUCCAAUCCUCUCUCUCUGCUCUGGACUCCAGGACAGACCGUCGUUGAAUCUGCUCCUCUAUACAGUAUUGAUGCCUACCGCACACAAAGGCAAAAAAACCUGCCCACCAUUCAGAGUGUCACUCCUGGGGUUCAGAGACGAGCUUCAGAGAAGUCCCAACCUCAACCCUCUGUCAACACCAAGGAGAAAAUUGCGGCUCUUAAUGAAGAAGCAGGGAAGCUGCAGACCGUGAUCAACCAGACCUUGCAGGCUCUGAGCUGCUGUACUGAUGAGGAGCAUGGACGAGGCUCGCUGGAGGAGGCUGAAGCUGAGAAACUACUGCUGGUCUCCUGUGAGAAACAUUGUGCCCUGCUGGCAGAGGUGGCCAGACUGAGGGAGGAGAGGAACUCUGAGUCAGGAGAGGACACUGAGUCAGGAGAGGACACUGAGUAUGUUCCCCAGCAGGCCUGUAGAGGGACUGUCAGCAUCACAAACAUUCAGCUGCCUCUUAAGGUGGAAUUUGUCUGCUCCUCACACAACCGCACAGGUCGGCCAAGUCACUACUUCUUUGUCCUGAUCCGCUACGGGCCCUGCAACAUCGUCGCCACCCCGCUGGCCACGGCUGCUGAUGCUCAGAAUGGAGACACCAUCUCCUUCCCUACGUCUGUAACGCUGAAGGAUAUCCGCUCAUCCUUUGAGAUUGAUGUGGAGGUCUACAGCCUGUCCAACACUUCAGGUAGUAACUGCAGCAUGGACCGGACCACCACCAAGUCGAGGAUCAAACCAAGAAAGCUUCUGAACACUCUCACCGUGACUAUCCAGAGAUCCAAUAAAGGUCUGACAUCUGCAGCUCUUCCUGCUCUCAACGCUCGCCGCUCCAGCAACUUUUGUCUGGUGGGCUCCCAUAAGAUCACUUUGGCCUCGCUGGGACACAGCAAGUUCCCUUUGGAUAAGAUGAAACUUGAAGACAAAAUCAGGAGGCUGCUGGGACAUGAAUUUCAGGAAAAGGUGCCUUUUCUCUCACCUCUAGAGGGCAACAUCUACCUGCGACUGGACAGUGAAAGUCACUCUAGUGUACAGCACCGAGGCUUCCUGACUAUGUUUGAGUUGAUCAGUGGAUAUGGGGUGUGGCAUCGCCGGUAUUUUGUUCUGGUGGGAUGCAGCAUGCACUACUGGAACCACCCCAAUGACAAAGAAACUAAGGAAGCAGAGGGCAGCUUUUCUCUGUCCAGCUCCCCCAGUCGCUGUGUCAAGCCUGUGAAGAGCGACUCGUGUGCUCGACCUUUCACCUUUGAGCUGGUUAGCGACAUCCCACAGCAGCAGGACGCCAGCCAGGACGCCAGCCAGGACGCCUUGGCCAAGUGUUGGUUUUCAGCCGACACCAAACAGGAGAGAUCGGACUGGAUGGAGAAACUCAAUCAAGCACAUUUGGACUUUCACACGUGGAACCAAACAUCAGCAACCCAAACAGAGAGUCAGCGGUCCAACACGUCCAGCAGUGGGAACCUGAGGGAGAGCAUCCUGUAAUUACACCAGAUGUGAUUCCUUAUAGCUUCUGCUGCCUGGGCUUCAUGAAAACACCGUGGAUGCCUCCUUUAUAGCCUCCGUUUCACAGUUCAAAUGAAACAAGGCUAAACAUCAUGCAUCGCAUAUUGAUUUUUCUUUUUGGGAGAUAUCUUUAAUUUGGAUUCUAUUUAUUUUCAUCUGAAUCCUUACUGUUGGUUUUCACUUUUAUUUGCUAAGUUACCAUUUGAGUUUUUCUUUAUCAUGAUUUUGUGGAAAAGGUUUUAUUUAGACUUUUUUUUCUUUGGCAAUCAGCUGCUUUAGCCUUUGUUGGCAAUAUGAUUUGGUCACUUUCAAUAGCUACGGUGAAACUUCUUAUAGCUUAUCUAUUUUUGAGAUAAUUGACACAUGUAUUUAGAUUCAUAAUUGUAUUUUUGCAUUUUUUAAACUGGAAGGUUAAACGCAUUUAUAUAGAUACACUAAUAAUUAUGGAAGGAGAGGGAAAUCUUUAACUCUACUAAACUAAUGUAGGAUGCGAAUGUAUUUGAAAUGGCAGGAAACACUAUGAAUUAUUAGAAUAUAGAGUUGAGUUGAGCCUUUCGUUGGGUUUUUGAUCUUUCUAGGUAGAAGCAGGUUCCACUGAACCAACAGAUGUUUGGCUGUUUCUGUAAAAUAUGAUAGAACAACACACGUGACUGUUUUACUGAAGAAGUAACCAGUCAGAAUGUGACUCUAUCCCUAUUGUCUGUACAACGUGUCACUGGCGUCUUGGGGGUUUUACUUCUUUCCCAGUGGCCUGCUGCUGUCACUCAUAUUCCUAAGUACAUGAUUUGUGUUACUGCACAUAUAUAAGCCCAUAUUAUUGUACAUUUAAACCCAUAUUAUAUGUGUAAUACAGUGGAUGAGAGAACUGGUGAGGUAAAAGAAUGAAUGUAGGUUGUUCUGUCUGAUGUCCUGUUGUUUUACAUGUCACUUUGUUCUAAAUGUUAUUCUUGUGAACUCUCAUUCUAUGCACUUAAUUGAAGGUGUCAAUAAAAUAGAUGGAUUGAAAUGGCUCCAGAAACCAGUUUACAUUUAUGGUCUUUAGCAAUCCAGGCAGGGUGUUUGCCUGCUAGUGCUGGUACAAACUGAACAAAAUGAAUUAUUGCUAAAUCUCUGAAAA